CAUGUGAUGCCAAAGAUAGGUGAUGAGUACAAUACACUCCGGGAUAAGUGUAGGAAGUUCUCGUCUGUAAAGUACAGCCUUUAUAGAACCAUACUUCAUGUUUUGAUAAUUCUCUCCGUUCCUAAACACCAUUACCUUCGUUUUGUCUAUAUUAACCGUUAAUUUCCACUGUUCACAAUAAUUGUCUAGUUAUCUAAUCUGUUUCUGCAGUCCACCAACAGUACUUGAAGUCAACACAAUAUCAUCUGUAAAUAUUCAUAAACUAUAUCCGGGGGUUAUUGUAACCAUUUGUGCAGUUAUUGUCUAAUUUGCUAAUUCAUUUAUAAAGAAAGAAAAUAAAACUUGCAUAUCUAAGGUAUGACAAGACUGUCAAACCCAUGUAAUACCACUGCGAUGUAGCAAUACAUCUGUAUGACCCCUGACAGAAUGUUGUAACACGGUUGUAAUUUUGUUGUAAUACCGAUGUUUUGUUGCUGUGCUGCUACUGUGGUGCUAUUGUGAUAGUGGACAUUGUUGUGAUGCUGUUGUUAUAUUGUUGUGAUGCUAAUGCGAUUAUGCUGUGAUGCUGUUGUUAUACUCUUUUGACGCUGUUGUAAAAGUGUUGUGGUGCUGUUUUGAUACGUUUGUGAUAGUGUUGUAAUGCUGUUGUAAUACUGCUAUGAUAAUGCUAUAAUACUGUUAUGAUGUCGUCGUGAUAGAUGCAGUAGUGGUGUUGUAAUACUUGUGUAAUAAUGUUGUGAUGCUGUUGUGAGACUGUCGUGUCUAGCCUAGUGGUAAAAGCGUUCGCUCGUCAUGUCGUAAAACCCGGGUUCGAUUCCCCACAUGGGUACAAUGUGUGAAUUACUACGCCCCGCCGUGACAUUGCUGGAAUAUUGCUAAAUGCGGCGUAAAACCAUACUCACUCACUCACUGUUGUGUCUCAAACACUGCUAUGGAGUUAUUUCACUGCUGUCAUACUUCAGAUCAAGACCUAAAGUUGAAUGUACAAACCAUGGCAGGUGGACACUGUAUGUUUCAGCCUUUGGGGUCUGUGCAGCGCUGUUCCUGGUGAUGUUGGUUUAUUUUCCAAACGUGCCGCCCAAGCCGCCACGUGCGUCGGCAGCUACACCGAGACUCGACUACAGAAAGGGGCUCAGGAUUCUUGUCACAAAUAGGAGAUUUUGGCAGAUUGCUGUAGCCUAUGGAGUAUCGACGGGUACCCGCAAUGCCUGGUCAUCUAUGCUCGAUGUCAACUUGAAAGCACAUGGAAUAUCACAGGAAGACGCUAGCUAUCUGGGAGUGUACGCCACUGCAGGAGCCAUUGUAGUGUCAGUGACCGUAGCCAGUCUCCAUGUAUGUGUCCUAUGGGCUUGUGGACUUAUCGAACGCUGGCGUCGGACCGCUUUUCUACGAGACGGUUUGUGAAACAUCCUACCCUGUGGCUGAGGGAAUUACGAAUCUGUGCCUGACCACGCAAAAUAAUAAAGCAGCGCUCAUCUUCCUUGGAAUUUUGUCAGUGCCCGGCAUAGCCUCCUUGUCACGAUGCCGGCCGCUCACAGCAGGAUCGACGUUGAUCAGUAGACCCAUGGAGCUGAAGCAGGAACACUGAAACGUCGAUACAAGGCAUGGAGUGGUUGUAGGCAAAUAGUGUCACGUGGGCAUCUGUCAGCCGGAAGUGGAAAGUUGUCUGUCUAAUUCUCCGUGUCCUUCCAGUGUCGUCAAAGACCUAAUUACCAAGGGACCAAAGUUUGAUUUAAAUUGAUCCUGUGAAGGAGCAUGAGAUUUUCCUGGAAGACAACAAUUAACUUUUUCUGAAUACAGUCCUUGUAGGCACUUUUGAUUUGUUCUCCCGGCUGAUGACGUGUAAACCUGUGAGGAAGUGCCCAGAAUAUACUUAAUACAUAUCCAAUACUAGACAGUUUAUACGCCGCCAUGAUGUAGCUGGAAUAUUGCUGAAUGCGGAUAAGCCAACACUCACUCAUCAACUUAUGAUGUUGACCUUGACUUUAACCUUGAUCUUGAUCUUAUAUCUCAGUGGAAAAUAUCAAGGUCUUGUUACAACAUUGAAGUGUUGUGUCACUGAACAAACAUUCAGAUUGAUUCAAUAAAAAAAAAUAACUUUGGAGAGUUGCUAUAUCUUAACUAUUCCACGUUUUCACAAUUUUAACUUUUUCAGAGGGUUUUGCCAUGGACACAUUUUUUUAAGUUCUACCAGUU